GAUAGAUUUUCUGCAUUCUACUACUAAUGCAAGAACUCUAUGUACCGAUUCUCAAUGAUCAUCUAUUCAUCUGAUUCCUGAAAUUAAAUACAGAUCAUAAUGCCUCCGGGUUAUCAGGCAAGCCCGGGGCCUCCUGGAGGAGACGGCGAGUAACACUACAUUAACGUGGGAACAAGAUAUCUUCGCCUCCUUCUUCUUCUUAGAAAGUACUCCAGCUACUUUUACACUUGACAACAAGGUGUUGGUAAACUAGUAUCAACGCUUCUAUCAGCUGCCGGCUGAAUCAAAUCCAUCGAGCGGUUUCUUUUUCCGCGAAAGUAGAACCGCGAAGUUAGAAACAAGGAGAUAGCCUAGUGCAGUUCGUACCACUUCUAGCAACCACAAUUGCAAAAUACAAACGAAAGGAACACAGUGGAGAAGAACAUCAGAAUCUUCAAGAAUCAGCAUCACUGCUAUAUCUUGAAAACACAAGCAUAUCACUCGCCCAAGAUGUCGGAGAUUUUUGGGUCACCGUUUGUCCCGCCAGAGCUCCUCAACGUGCCGCAGCUCAUCUUUCUCUUAGGGCAAGCAGACCAAAUGCAUGAUAGGCAUACAGAUCUAAAUAUUCUUCUAUACUAGAUGGCCAAUUUUUUACUAGUCCUAUUAUAUAUACCUCUUCCUUUUUCUAUCUUUCCUAGGUUGGUUGGCUCCACCACAAGCAUUAGUGCAACUAGUAUAGGAUCAUUGAUUCUCAUCAUUUGUCUUUUUCAUCUCAACCGCCCCUUCUUCUAACAAAAGGCCUUGUGUACGCUUUUGCAUUGAUGCAGGCAGCCGAUAUGAUUUCUGAAGGCAGUGAACUGCUACUCCUUGUGCCAGCUAUUGCAGACGUAGUGGGAUCCGUUAUUCUACCUGUUUUGGGUGCAGUUCCAGAUGGGACUAUGGUAUUUUGCUGGUUGAUGUUGGAGUUUCGUCUUCAACAACCUGUUUCGCCGUCAUCUUGGACACUUCAGCUUCACUACGCGUUCCCUCCUUGCCUGCCAACAAAACAUAUUCAGAUUACCCACUACGUACUUCCCAAUCCCACCUUUAUACUUGUCAACAUGUUCAGAUUACCCACUACGUUGUACUUCCCACCUUUAUACUUGUCCAUUGCCGAUGAACGCCUCCCCAGGUCUUGGUCUCCGGUCUAGGUCCUGGCGCGAGCACUGAAAUUUACGUCGGUGUCGGCACACUCACCGGAUCAACCGUUAUGCUGCUCUCAAUCGCAUGGUGGGUCUCAGUCCUUGGAGGCAGAGUAGACCAAGUCGAUGGAACAUUGCAGUACAGGAGACCAACGGGAGGUACUUUCUGUAGCUAUUAUACACGAUAGAAUUGGACAUUUAGAUUAACUAUCAUACAAUCUCAAUCAUGGACAGCUCUGGAGAACUUCUUCAACAUACAUGUAACAGCUCUACUCGGGUCGCAACGGAAUCAGGCAGCUCUCUUGAGUUGUCACGUGGUUCGCAAAUGAAUGAAUGAAAAGAAAUUAUGUGACAUCCCGUCUACUGAAAACCAUCCACUCCUCCAGUUUCCGCGGACAAGUUCGAGAAAUUUACGGGCAACACUUAUUGGGAUGGGGCAGUGGCGUGUAAGCCAGCCAUCAAGGAGAACUGCGUUUACAUGCUUGGAACAUUGGCACCACUGGUUUUGUGUCAGGUAUUGUUUGAUAAGAAAAUCAUAGUCGUCGAUUUGUAACAGUAAGAACUUCUGAUGAAAUAGUUUAGCCUUAGAUGAAUCUUUUCAUAUAUUUUUUUUGUUUCCCAGAUAGGCGUGCUCCACCGAAAUUAUUAAGGCUGAAAACUUAUUUUCCUAGUUACAUUGGCUCCAUCCAUAUUUAUUAUUAAGGCUGAAAAUAAUUCAUUUCCAAGGGCCUUUUCCCUCUGUUUCCUUCUUGGGAAGCGGAAGAAAUGAACUGAAGAAGUGAAUUGUUUUGAGCUCGAAAAAUAAGUGUUUGACGAGAUUGAAAUAUGUGUUUGCGUAGGAGGUAGGUGACUGUCAUAGUCGUCAGGAAAAAAUUGAAAAAUAUGGAUCGGAUAGCAGGAUACCAUGACUUCGAUACUAAAAAUACUUUCCUCUUUUUAGGUGAUCGUUCUAUUCACUCAAGCGGCGCAGCACCAAGGGACGAUAACAGCGGAGCAAGCGGAAAAAUAUCAAAGCUACACAGUUCUUUUCGGCUUCGCCUGCUGCAUGCUUGGGUACUAGCUAAGAUCAUGGUCAUGUAAACCGUUACUUAACAUUUCAGAGGUAGCAGAAGCUGCACAAGCAAGCAGUAUCACCAAGAACCAAUUUACUCCAACUACUACUGUCGUGAACAACGUGAAGAACUUUCUAAAAAUAUCUUCAAGGAAGAACCAUUUCUUCAAUCUACCAACAUGCAUAUCUUUCUUCUUCACCAGGUUUUGCUGGUAUCUCCGAGGCCAAUAUCUAGGUGCUGGUGACAAUGAUGCUAUAGAAGCGUUGCAAGUAGAUGCGAUCGCCACUGCUAUCAAGUCCAAUCAGCUGACAUUAGACGGCGCUCUUGGCGAAGUGGCCAAAUUAGAUAAGAGAUUCAGAAAAGGAAACAGCUUGAAGGAACCACUAUUGACUGGGGAAGAGCUUGCCAUCCGACAGGAAGAGCUGUUAUGAUGAAGAUGAUAUCUGUGAUGUGCUUUUUCUAGAGAACCACAAAACUACAGUCACAUUUUUUACAAACUGAAACCUUCAAUUUUUAGCAAGACCUGUGAUGAUGAGUAUGGUUGCUGGUGCAGCUAUCUUGGGUCGUAUAUGGUGGGUCGUUCGUAGAAUCGAAGAUCUUCUUUUGAUGGAUGGCUCACGACAUAUCCAGCUGAUUAGGUUACAUUAUUUUUCCUCCAUCCGACCAUAUACGCAAUACUGGGCUUAGGGGAUCAUUAGCAAAGAGAUCACUCUGUUCUUCUUGUCCACCAUCCCUACUCUGCUUCUCCACCAUCCACCUCUAACCCCUCUAUACCAAAGAUUACGAGCUUUGCUGAAACCGUAUUUCAAGAAGUAUGAUAUCAACAACGACAACAAGCUGGAUUUCGACGAAUUCCGAGUUAUCUGUAGUGAGGUACUGUCUAAUCUCAUAGGCAAGUAGUUUUUUUGGAGAAGUAGCUAGGCUGCUGAUGUGUCGCGCCGUGCUUAGAGAAGCAGUAGCCUGUAGUUGCACCGUGUUUUUAGUACGCUAUAGCCUGUAGUUGCACCGUGUUAGUACAACCGCGGCACAACGUGCAACUACACCACCUCAGGUCUCCUCCUCCGCAAGUAAAGAAGCACAGCAUGCCAUUUUCAUGAGGAUGGAUACCGAUAAAAACGGCUAUCUCUGUUUCGAAGAGUUUAUCGAGUGCAUGCUGACGUUAACGCGAAAAGCCCAACAGUAUGCUCUGGUGACCAAUCAAGCAGGGGUGGCGUAUGCGUCAGGUAAUAGUUUGAUAUUUGAUGUUAAAAUAUCAUGGAAAAGAUUUUUAGGAUCCGCAUCCGCGUCCGCCUCACCAGCUGCAAAACUACAAAAACAAUAGCUAUCGAACUUGGUAUAAUUCCUUGAAGAAGUGCUUAUUUCCUGCUGCUGCUAAUAGCUAGCGGUCUGAAAAAUACCUUUAGCAUUGAAAAUGGUCGUACGUCGUGCACUUGAUUUUCGAUCCAAUCGAAUUUUCAACAUACAGCCGGUUACAGCUCGACAUCCGUAUCGGAGGAAGAGGAAGCAGAAGAUGUGGAGAGAGGAAGCGAGGACGACGAUGAUUAUGGAUUUCAGAUCAUAAGUAGGUUCAUUUUUCCGAUCAUCAUGAUUUAGAUAGUGAAGAUGAGAAUGAACUUGAAUAGUACUGCAUCAAAUAUAAUUUUAAUUAGCAAGUUGUACGUACUCGUACACGAACACGUAGAAACAUCAUGUCCUCUGCUAAAAAUUUCUGACUCCCUUUUUACCUGUAGCACCCGCUUCCGCACCCCAAACAACUUCUAACUUCCCGUGCCAUCUGAGUCUGGGGACGAAGAUAUUCCGGAAGAACUAGCUGAUUUGACGCCUGAGCAACAACAGACACGUAUAAAAAUGAAGGCGGCGUGGAUGUGUUCUGUUGGGACUUUCUUCGUCGUCGCGUUCUCGGAUCCUAUGGUACUCUGUAUAGUACUAUAGGGACGUUACCUUUAUACAUAUACUGUAGUUAUGGUACUCUGUAUAGUACUACUAUAGGGAGGACGUUACCUUUAUACUGUAGGUAUGGCACUCCGUAUAGUACUAUAGGGACGUUACCUUUACACUGUAGUUAAGGCUCAGCUUUCAGUGGUCAUUGAGGAUAGUCACUGAGAUUGAAGAAGAGGAGACCCCUGGAGAGGGGAAAAUGAAGGGAAAACAAAGGGAGAGGCGUGGGGCUCUUUUCUUUCAGAAUCAGUGGCCACUGAAUCAUGCUGACCUUUAAUAUUUAGGUUUACCGUUUCGUUGCUGUAUGUCGGUGUCCUGGAAGAGAAUUCAGCAGCCUCCAUGUGUUUUUGUUUUUGAAGAGAAAUGACACACUCAACAUCUCUCCUCAAAUACAUAGGUUGACGUCCUGAACGAACUUGCCACAAGAACGAGUUGCCCACCGUUUUUCGUCUCUUUCGUACUUAGUCCGUUGGUCUCCAACGCAUCCGAGUUAGUGGCCGCAUACAACUACGCAAAGAAGAAAACUGUGAAAAGUUAAGAAACAAAGCAGGUCACUAAACUUAUACCUAUAGAUACUUGAUCGAAAUCGACUUUGAUGAGUUUGAAUAGAUGGAGAUACUUGGUAGAUCGACAUAGGAACUGACAUGCCGCAGUUCAAAUGAUCGAUUAAGACGCAGUGCUCAAUCUUCACACCCACUUCUAACCACUUUGUGAAUAUAUUGAUGUAGUUGAUUAAGGGAUCGGCAUCAAUUGAUUCUACUUGCAUUUAGAGCGAUUACUAGGACGCAAUAUUUCAUCAACUUACGCCUUCUACAACAAACUGACUCAGUCUCUCACCAAAAUCCCUUCUAACCACUCGCCACCAUCUCUCUUUCGACCUUAGUGGGCGCUGCCUGCAUGAACAACACGUUUUGUCUUGGGUGCCUGCUCUUCGUCCUCUAUAUCUCGCAACUCAAGUGGAGCUUUACGUGCGAAAUCGGCACCAUGGUCAUCGCGGAAGUGGUUAUCGCAUACAUAGUAUGGACGAGGUCUGUGCAUACCAUGGCAAUGGCGAAUGCAAUCCUAAUGAUCUUUCCUUUGACCAUGAUCUUAACUUGGGUGGGGAACAAUGUUUUGGGGUGGUCGUAAUAGUAUUAACUACCAGCUACCUAGGGGUCAUCUUGAAGAGUAGGAUUGAACAUGAAAUUGAUGGUAUCUAUCAUCGUAUCCAGACCUUAACUAACUUGCGUUAGUUUCGAGGGGAAGGACAAUGAAUUGAAUGAUUAGAAAAACCUUAUUAACCUUUGCUAUUUACUAGUACGACAAGCAUACUUUUCAAAUUCAACCAUGGUAUUCACCUGAAUAUGCGACGACGUUCAUGCACGAUCACCAGUCAUUAAUCUCGUAUCUAUCAUCAUCUCAUUCUCAAACUCAACUAGUACCAGAGUAUUAUUGAUCUCGUAUCUAUCGUAAAUCGUUUUCCUUGUUAUGUCAAAUCCCAUUGAUUUGAAGUUCCAGAAGAGUUGACCCAAACAGGUCUAUUCCUACUUCUGAUUAUGAAAAAAGGUGACUAUGUGACUAGUAAGAGCUGUCACUAUACAACCACGCAGCCUAUUGAAGAAGUAGACUACAGGUUUUGUUUUCUUUCCGUAGUCAGAGGUUUUUUUAUACGGGGAGGAUAGCGUGGGCAGGGUUGUUUACCAGAAUGACUGAAGUGGAGAGUAAUGGGUUAUGCAUAAAAGAUGUUUUAACGUCGAGACCGAGAGGUUUGAAGGGGCUGACCUCCUCACCGCUCGAGUACUUAUGUCAAAUCGCAUUGAUUUGAAGUUGAACAGACAGUUGUAGAUGUGAAAUUUUAUGAGAAUAUAUUAGAGUAGUUUAUAGAACGGAUGUAGGAUGGACUUGGAUGGAUCGGAUGGACCCCCUUGAUUCUUCCGAUACUUGAAAUGGUGGGAAGUCCAUCCGAUCCAUCCCAUCCUGGAUCUGGCACCCCUAUAAAUUGCUCUGUUAUAAGUAUUUCAGCUUAACCAGCACAGGAGUUACUUAAGGACGUUGAGGUUGAUUAGCAUCCAUUAGUUUUAAUAGGGCUGAGCUACAGAAAUGUUUGCGCUGUGCAUCGUGAUGUGUAGGAGUGGUGUGUGGUAGGUCGUAGAAGUUACACCUGAAGUAGAAGGAGUGCUGCAUGUUGAAGUGCUUAGAAGCACCCAAGAAAUGUGCCGCAAUUUCGUUGGAGCGAACUUCUCACUGAUCUCACCACGACACAUGGUUUCGCCGUACUUACAAUUUUUCAAAUACUUACUCAUACACAGAUGAUACUAUCAUGGAGGUAAGAAGCUAGGUGCGAUUGAGGCAAUUACUUUAUGCAAAUCAAUGUAGCAACCUGUGUGGCCUGUUCUUUGAAAAGUAGGUAGUAGGAGGUGCUCUCACCCGUUAUCGUAUCACGAAAGAGUGCAAUUACAAUUAUGCACCCCGAUACAUAGUGUGUCUAGCAGGUCUACAGGCUUCCUCUCCUUUGAUUCCAUAUCAAACUCAACAUCAUUCGGAUUGCGUUCAUACAUUUUAGCAACAACUUUGUUCCUCUUGAUUAAUCUUGAUACCUCGAACUAUCUAAUCUUCCUACCUCGAACUCACAAAGUACAACUCGCUGAUAUCGCUUCUUCUAUGUGUAACAGCAACAGGUAUCUAAUAAUCUUGAUUAAUCUUCCUCUCUAGCCUUAAGUGUUAUGCGUGCCUUAAGUGAUUAAUCUUCCUCCGGUUUCUGUUUUUCUUUUUGGUUAUUUUAUGGCGAUUGCGGAAGCGGGACGCGGUUGAGGAUGGUGCACGGGGCGAAGGAGGGAGCGCGAAGCAGUGAAGAUAAGAAAAACUAGGCUAGUGCACUCCCAACAACGAAAAACGUGUUGUACUUAGGGCGUUAGGCCAGUAGACAUUUAUGCCUAGUUGUUCACUUGUCAGAUGACUGCGCAUUAGUCAAGAGCAAGCAGGGUUGGCGGCCCUGCCCUCGUGCCUUGUAGGCCGGCGCAUAAGAGCGGGACGGUUGGCAGCCGGUGGAGGUUUAUAGUAAUUAAUUAAUCACCUCCUUUGCCCCUAGAUUUUUCUCCAUUUUAUAAUCGACGGGUUCGUAGGCAAUUAGUGCGCGGUAGUAUAAGGAGGUUAAUGCACUCCACCCGUCGCCGGCAGGUACACCGGACAACACUGGGAUCACCCUUUCGGCGUUCUCGGACUACAAAAAAAGUGGCUGCGUUGGAGACUCAUGAAUGAAUGAAUGAUACCUGUUGCUGUCACACAUAGAAGAAGCGAUAUCAGCGAGUUGUACUUUGUGAGUUCGAGGUAGGAAGAUUAGAUUGUGAGUAAUAAAUAUAAUGUUUGUGCUAAUGCCCUUUAUCCAGUUUGUGAUUUCGACUGAGCAGGUAGUCGUAGUAGUAGUUGCUACAAUCCAGUAGCAACUUUUACAUUAGAAGGAACCAGGAAAAGUAGAUAAGAUUGAAAGAGAGUAAAUAGUAUCUGUUUAUGUUUAUCUGUGUAGUUUGGCCUUGUAGAUCUAGGUAGUUACAUGCCAGGUAUCCGAUACCUCACCUAGGUAGUUGGAUGUUAACUCGUCUUUCCAUCGCAAUCUUCCUAGGUUGAACAAUGUGUAUUUGUAUGUCUAGACUUUGCACCAGUGAGGGAGGGAACUGACGUGAAAACUGGGUUAAACAAGGACUAUAAUGUUAAGAUUCGCAGUCGUGUCAUGCGUGACCAUUUUCCCCUUUUUGGCACUGCCACCACAAUCAGGAUACCCGCCUAUAAUUAAGUUCGACAAUAGAUACCUCCAGAACAGGUAAAUGAAUGAAUAGUGUUGGUCGUCGCUCUGACAUUAAGGCCUUUUGUUUUGCCUGGCG